ACACACACAGCGGACAUGCCUCUCAAACGAGAAGAUACGGAGCGUGCGCUGCAGGCCAUGGAAGCCUGUCAGUCUGCAGGUGAUGAGGGUUUCAGGACUCGCGCAGAGAGACUUCUGACCAUCUUUCAGAGUGACCUGUUUCAGGCUCUGCUGGACAUCCAGGAGUUCUAUGAGCUGACGGUGUUUGAGAAUCAGACGGCAGGUAGAGCUCUCACACCGGGACUGAAGUACCGUUACCAUGACGAGGAGACGCCGCCACUGCAGCACAGUCCCGCUCACCUGAGCACAGGUAAAUCUGCAGAGAUGCUCCACCUGGGUGACUCUGGCCACGCCCCCAUCGACGGCAUCCACGCAUACACACCUCAGAUGCACGUGUCACCUGCAAAGCCGGUGUUACUCCCGAGUGGACACGCUCCGUACUACGCAACCUCUACUCUGAUGAACGGUAUGGACGGAGAUGUUGAAUAUGAGGAGAUCACGCUGGAGAGGGGGAACUCUGGGCUGGGCUUCAGUAUCGCCGGAGGGACUGAUAACCCUCAUAUAGGAGACGAUCCCAGUAUCUUCAUCACUAAGAUCAUACCAGGAGGAGCUGCGGCACAGGACGGACGACUCAGAGUGAACGACAGCAUUCUGUUCGUCAAUGACGUGGAUGUGCGGGAAGUCACACACAGCUUUGCGGUGGAGGCGCUGAAGGAAGCAGGACCGAUCGUCCGGCUGUACGUGCUGCGCCACAAACCAUCAGCAGAGAAAAUCACUGAGCUCAAGCUCAUCAAAGGCCCUAAAGGUCUGGGCUUCAGUAUUGCGGGUGGUGUGGGGAACCAGCACGUGCCCGGAGACAACAGCAUCUACGUUACCAAGAUCAUCGAGGGCGGAGCUGCACAUAAAGACGGACGGCUGCAGAUCGGAGACAAGAUCCUCGCUGUGUAUUCUCCUCAUAUGGACAUGUCUGAUUACCCGCAAGCCCUCAGUCCCUCGUCUCCGCGCCGUUACUCCCCCAUCCCUAAGGGCCUGUUUCUGGACGACGACAUUUCCAGGGAGCCGCGGCGUGUGGUGAUCCACAGAGGCUCUACAGGUCUGGGCUUUAAUAUCGUGGGUGGAGAAGAUGGAGAGGGAAUCUUCAUCUCCUUCAUACUGGCUGGAGGAGCUGCUGAUCUGAGCGGAGAGCUGAGGAAAGGAGACCAGAUACUGAGUGUGAACGGUGUAGAUCUGCGUCACGCCACUCAUGAACAGGCCGCGGCGGCACUGAAGAACGCAGGACAGACGGUCACCAUCAUCACACAGUACAGACCUGAAGAAUACAGCAGGUUCGAGGCCAAGAUCCAUGACCUGCGGGAGCAGCUGAUGAACAGCAGUUUAGUGUCUGCAGCGGCUUCAUUACGGAGCGGAAAGAGAAGCUUCUUCAUCAGGGCUCUGUUUGACUAUGAUAAGACGGCAGACGGUGGUUUUCUGUCGCAGGCCGUGAGCUUCAGGUUCGGGGAUGUUCUGCAGGUCUUUGACUGCAGUGAUGAGGAAUGGUGGCAGGCCGGAAAACUGGCUCCACACGGAGAACUGGAGGAGACCGGGUACAUUCCCAGCAAGAGGAGGGUGGAGCGGAAGGAAUGGUCUCGUCUGAAGACUCGAGGCCGAGAGCCCGUCAGCGGACGCAGCGAUUACAUCGUGAGCUAUGAGACCGUGACGCAGAGUGAAGUGCACUACGCGCGUCCCGUCAUAAUCCUCGGACCCAGCAAGGACCGUGUGAACGAUGACCUCCUCUCCGAGUUCCCGGACAAGUUUGGCUCCUGUGUGCCCCACACGACGCGGCCGAAGCGCGAGUACGAGAUGGACGGACGCGAUUACCACUUUGUGUCGUCUCGGGAGCAGAUGGAGAAGGACAUUCAGAGCCAUCGCUUCAUCGAGGCCGGACAGUACAACAGUCACCUGUACGGCACCAGCGUCCAGAGCGUCAGACAGGUGGCAGAGCAGCAAGGGAAGCACUGUAUCCUGGAUGUUUCAGCGAACGCAGUGCGGAGGCUACAGGCCGCUCAGCUUUAUCCCAUCGCCAUCUUUAUACGACCCUCAUCACUGCAGAACGUACUAAACAUUAGCAAGCGUCUGACGGAGGAACAGGCCAGAAGAGCGUUAGACAGAGCCGUCAAACUGGAGCAGGACUUCAUCGAGUGUUUUUCAGCGAUCGUGGAGGGCGAGAGCUUCGAGGAGAUCUACCAUCAUGUGAAGUCUGUGAUCGAGGAGCAGUCCGGACCGUAUAUCUGGAUCCCAGCACGAGAGAGACUGUAAACGCACACACACACACUCUCGAGGACUUCCAUCAGGUGUUUGUGUGUGACGGUCAGUUCACAGUGUGUGUGCAGAUUCACACCAUCAGCUCAUGACAUGUAAAUAUUCAUCUGAUAAUAUUUCAGCCGCGUCGGUUCCUUUCUACUGGAGGGGGGCGGGGCUGCUUACCUCAUCGCCAUGGCAACAGUUCAUCACUGAAACAGUGAGAGAGGGAAAAGUGUGUGUGUGUGCGCGUGUUUGUGUGUGUGUGUCUGUGUGUGUGUGUGUGUGUGUGUGUGUGUGUGUGUGUGUGUGUGUGUGUGUGUGUGUGUGUGUGCACGUGUGUAUAAUGGUUUUGG